AAUAUGCUGCCAGAAAUUCUACCAUUCGCACCUCUCCGGGCAACGCAGCAUCUCUUAGAAAAUGGAGCUUGAAAAGGAGAUAGAGGGAAAGAUGACGAGUUGUAAUUCCUCCUUUAAGAUAAUAUUGGGUUCAUCAUCUUUGGCUCGGCGGCAAAUUCUCAAUGAGAUGGGAUAUGAAUUUACUGUUGUGACCGCAGAUAUAGAUGAAAAAAGUAUAAGAAAAGAUAAGCCAGAGGAAUUGGUGAUGGCUCUAGCUGAGGCAAAGGCAAAUGCCAUCAUAGAAAGGCUUCGGAUUGAAGGUCAUGUGGAAGAGGAUGCUCAGGCAACAUUGUUAAUUACUGCAGACACAGUGGUGGUGAGUAAUGGGAUGGUUAGAGAAAAGCCAAAUAGCAAGGAAGAAGCACGGGAGUUUAUCAAAGGCUAUUCCGGUGGUCAUGCAGCAGUCAUAGGAUCUGUGGUUGUAAGUAACCUUACUACUGGAAUACGAAAAGGAGCAUGGGAAAAAGCUGAGGUUUAUUUCCAUGAGAUACCUGAUGAGAUCAUUGAUAGCGUGAUUGAUGAGGGAAGUACACUCCAUGUUGCUGGGGGUUUGACACUGGAACAUCCAUUGACAUCACCAUUUGUUGAAGCAGUGGUAGGGAGCACAGAUACAGUGUGGGGGCUUUCAAAAGCAUUAACCGAAAAACUCAUCAAGGAUAACCUUGUAGCUGCAAAAUAACUCAAAGUGAGAACUGUCCACAAUUGUUGGGUAUUCUGAACCAUCUCUUGAAAUUCCUAGGCUUACCGCCUACUUUCCAUUUGAAUCUGCAGGAUUGAUAUCGCUUGAAUUCUUUUCAGUCCAUGGCUCAAGUCUUUUUACUCUUCAAAACUAAACAUGCUGACGACGGAGAACCAUACUGUCCUGCAAACGAAAAGAUGCAUACAAGAUUCUUUAUUGCAUUCACAUUUUUUUUUAUCUUUUCUAGUGAAAUUCAAGUUGCAAGAUUUUUGAAGUUUCUUUUGCAUUUCUUUUUUAUUCCUCCAGCUAGUUGAUUCUUACAUUUCUCCAGACUGUUUGCACCGAUGUUUCUAAUUUCUUUACAAUAUUUUUUAUUAGUACAAUCUAACAUUCUUUCUUUUUUCAUUUCUUUAUGAAUAUUGAAUGAGACGGGUGUUGACAUUUUCUGGCAUUGACAGGCUACAUUUACCUGGCGUGCGACUCAAAAGCAGCAAAUUUGAUAAUUCGAAGCUUCUAAUUUUUUUUUUUAAAAAUCCAUUUUUGUUUAGAUUAUCCUAGAAUCUAAUAUAGUUUGUAGAUAAUGAACAGGAUCUAUUUUUGUGCAAUAUAAAUGAACACCAUUUUCUUCUUAUUA